AUGUCACGAAGACCUUCGGUCGAGACGGGCUUGAGGAGCGGCGGCAGCGGCCGAAGAGCAGCAGAAAAUGACGAGCGCACGCCCCUGCUCUUCAGCAAAUACCGGAAAGAAGACGAUCAUGACGACCACGACGACCAGGCCCCGCUCUUGUCCGGAGAACGAGACCCGCAGGAACGAAGCCCCUCCCUCCCCACCCUGAAGAAGCUCGACCCUUUCCUGGGGGAUGGGCUCGGGGCGAGGACGGCGAACGCGAUUGUGAGAGCAAGGGAUCGCCUCGUGGAGACGCUGCAGAUAUGGAUUGACCGCCACAGGAACAGUAGUUCAGCAUCACAAAAGAACGGCCUGUUCGUGAAAAUGGCCGUACCGUGGGCGGGGUCCUGUCUGGCGGGUUGCGCCCUGUACUUCUUCCUUUUCGCAUCGUUCGGGAGCCUGACGCCAUUUCUUCCGCUUAUUUGGCGAAGCAAGGGGCUCGCUGCCACCGAGGUCGGUUUGCUGGCAGCUGUUCGGCCCAUUGCGGUUAUUCUAGCGGGGCCAACCAUCUGCGCGUUCACAGAUAAACACGGCGUUCAACAGACGGCGCUUUACGUGUUGCUACUUCUGUUCGCCAUCACCGGCUCAACCGUUCUGUUUGCGGGGAGCUUUUUUGCUCUGGCUGCGGUGGAGAUAUCGUCUUCCGUUUCUCGAAGUCCAAUUGUGAGCCUCAUCGAUGCAGCCGUGAGGAACGCCUUUGGAUCGGGCGGGUAUGGGACACGGAGAUCGUGGGGUGCAGCAGGCUACGGAUUCUCGACAGUCAUCAGUGGCCUUUUGUAUGGCAUUGCCGGGGGUAACUACGACGGCGGCGUGGUGUCUGUAUACGUGACAGUCUUGGCGAUGGCAUUGGUAGCGGCCCUCGGUGUUCCGGUUGGACCGACCGCUGAACCAGCCGGUGGCCAAGAAGAUGAAAACCCGUGGCGGUACGUUCUUGUCUGUGUGUAA